CCUCGGAAAUGUCCACAAACAUCAAAGGAAACAUACCUGGAAUAGCGUCUCUAACGGUAUGAAAGUCGCAGGGCGGAUUCACCCGACAUAGUCACAGAUGAUCAGCCAUUACUCGUCGUCCCCGGACCCAGAAAUUCGACUUCGCUCGAAAGUUUGACUGUAGCCGUGUCCGACCUUGUGUGACUGGUCGCUCGAUGCUAUACAGUACCUACCUAGGUACUUGAUGCCCCAGGAGUGCCACGGUGCCCAGGCCGAAGUCGUUGAUGUCUCGAAAUUGUAGUGCGCGGGAUUUUCUUAUCGAUAAGGAUGCGGGGUCGAGAGACGGCCCUUGACGGGCUCGACGGCUCGAUGGUGAUACGCGGCCUUUGUUGUCCUCUCGAGUCGCGAUCACAGGAUUGACGGCAUUCGCCGCCACGACAGUACCAAGCAAUGCAUUAUGCAAGAAGCUCGAGAAGACCCGGGAACUGAUGCACCGCAGUCAAUACCUGGUCUCAACGAAGAGGAGAGUCACAAGGCAGCCAUCCUCAUCCAGAAAACAUAUAGGGGCCACCGCGCGCGGCGACAGCUGGAUGGCUUCGGUCUCGAUGCCUCUACACGCUGGUAUGAGGUCGGUUUGUUCCGGCACUACAACCAGUUUGGCUGAGUACUCAUCAAACAGGCAGUGAGAGAUGCCCGAUACCACCAGCUUACCACACCGAGAGCUCCUUAUCCCAUCCAUGACGUCGCAGAGGAAGAGACAAAAUCUUCAGACAAAGCGCCGUCGUCACCAGCAAGGACAAAAUGGCUCAGAGCCACAGGGAUUGCUCGAAGAGCUGGGGCGGACGACCGCUCACCAUCAGCCUCUGAUGUCUCCUCGGACGAGUUGGGCGAAGCUGAAGAGACCAAGAAAAAGCGAGCAGAAGCUAAUGAGGUUCGGAAAAAGAACGCAAAGAUGAUGGAUCUACAAUAUUUCCUUGAAAUGGUGGACCAGAAGCAUCGGUAUGGCAGCAAUCUGCGCAAGUACCACAAUUACUGGAAGACUCAGGAUACAGACCAAAACUUCUUUUACUGGCUCGAUCAAGGCGAUGGCAGAAAUGUCGACCUACCAGAACGUAGCAGGGCGAGACUUGACAAGGAGCAAGUCCGAUACCUCUCCAGAGAAGAACGCCUCAAAUAUUUGGUCAAGGUAAACGAGCAGGGCUUGCUUGUUUGGGCCAAGAAUGGCGAAUUGGUAUGGACCAUGGACGAGCUUUACAGGGACAGCGUCAAUGGCAUAGUGCCUGUUGAUGAUCCAGCCCCAGAAUGGAGAUACAACGUGCCGCCACGCGACAGCGACCAGUCUGACCGUAGCUCUUCAGAUGAAUCAUCCGUAGAUGACAGCGAGGACAAUACCAGCGGCGACGAGGGCGAGAGAUACGUCAAUGAGGAGUUUCACCGAGCCAAGGGGCCCGCAAAAGUCAAGCAUGUUUCUGCGGCGGUCUUGUUCAACCACAUGAUCAGGACCAGUCUCAAGAAGGGUCAUAAAUGGAUCUUUGUUGCAGACACCUCAUUCCGCUUGUACAUUGGGUACAAGCAAUCAGGGGCGUUCCAGCACUCCUCAUUCCUGCAUGGCGCUCGUAUCCUGUCAGCGGGUCUCAUCAAGGUAAAACGAGGGCAACUGAGGAGGCUUUCUCCGUUGAGUGGCCACUAUCGACCACCUGCUGCAAACUUCCGGGCUUUCGUCCACAGCUUGCGCGAUGCUGGAGUUGACAUGUCGCAUGUCUCGGUUUCCAGAAGUUAUGCUAUUCUGGUUGGACUGGAAAGCUACGUGAAGACGCGCAAAAAGAUCAAAUCUGUGGAGACGAGAGUGGUCCACGAAAAGGACAAAGUGCUGAACCCAGAGAAGAUCAAGGCUGCAGAGGCGGCACAGCAGGACCAGUCCAAAAGCGCUGAGAAAGAGAGGCUCUAUCUAGAGCAACAACGCAAGGCUGCACAGGUCGAAGCGGAUAAGCGCCAGGCCAACCGGAGUCUGAGUGCCAGGCUAUCACGUUCACUGGGCAAGCUGAAGCUGCAAAAGGGCAGCAUAGACCACCACGGGACGGAGCCUAAACGGGCUCCAGGCACAGGGCCGGAAGAUGGUGUCCCUGCGCCGGAAGGUAAGCGAUGACCAUUUUGCUGAAGUUGGGGAUAGCGGUAUGAGUACCCAGCUACUCCGUAGCAUUCCUGCACAUCGAUGGUGGUUGGGCUUGCCGGAGACUGCCAUCAUCUGCUCUUACGUGAUCAAGACCCCAAAUGUCGACAAGUCUGCGAAGAAGUGUCAUCAUUUAAUUUUCGAGGGGACUCUAGACGUGCCAUAGUGCUCUACGAGCUAUCAAUGACAUGUUGGGUGCAGGGUUGCAUGGUAAAUUGAAGCCUUGGGUGGCAGGGUACGAGGGUGUCGUUAGUCCUUGAAGCCCGUGAAUAUGAGUGGUGAUGUCAAUCUGCAGGCAUUGUUGCCCAGCUGAAAGUUGGUGAGAUCCCUGGAAUAUUAGGCUCACUAGGCUCACUAGGCCCUACACUGCCGCCUGACUGGUCCAUUCCAACAAAACGUGCGUUGCCGAUCGAAAUCCA